CCCAUGUAUAAAGCAAAAACAGCAAAGCUGAGUCGACAAAAUACACCACCAACACUGAACAGUCUCUUUCUUCUCUCUCUCUCUCUCAAGAAGUUGAAAUUCAAAAAGUAAGUCUUAUAAUAUAAUACACUCCACACCAGCACCAACACCAAUAACAGCACAAUUUUCAAGGCUCACGUGCCGCCCCAUCGCCGUCACGCGCGGCCUUUAUGAAUCAUCGUCGCCAUGGGCGGAGUCACUUCCUCGAUCGCUGCCAAGUUCGCGUUCUUCCCGCCGCAGCCGCCAUCUUACACGGUGGUCGCCGCCGAGAGUGGUGCAGAAUCUGGGCCGCCGAGGCUUGUCAUUCCCGAGGUGCCGAUCAAGGACAACGUGGACGUGCUCAAGCUUCGGACGCGCCGAGGUAACGAAAUCGUGGCGGUGUAUGUUAAGUACCAUAGACCCACCUCCACCAUGCUCUAUUCUCACGGUAAUGCUGCCGAUUUGGGCCAAAUGUUCGAACUUUUCGUCGAAUUGAGCAACAGGCUUCGCCUCAAUGUUAUGGGUUACGAUUACUCUGGGUAUGGACAGUCAACAGGAAAGCCAACUGAAUAUAAUACAUACGCAGAUAUUGAUGCUGCAUAUAAAUGCCUAAAAGAACAAUAUGGGGUGAAAGAUGACCAAUUGAUACUGUAUGGUCAAUCUGUUGGGAGUGGUCCCACACUUGAUCUUGCUUCACAGAUACCAGAAUUGAGAGGGGUUGUCUUGCAUAGUCCAAUUUUAUCUGGACUUAGAGUACUAUACCCUGUAAAAAGGACAUACUGGUUUGAUAUUUACAAGAACAUUGAUAAGGUUGGUGCAGUCAAAUGUCCUGUUUUGGUUAUACAUGGGACGGCAGAUGAAGUUGUGGACGUGUCCCAUGGGAAGCAGCUCUGGGAGCUUUGCAAGGUAAAGUACGAACCCUUGUGGGUAAGUGGUGGUGGGCAUUGUAAUCUUGAGCUUUACCCAGAAUUCAUUAAACAUCUAAAGAAAUUUGUACAGACAAUUGGAAAAUCUAAAGCAACUGCAAAUGGUUCUAAAAAGGACACUGUAGAGUCUGAGAAUCAAGGCAAAGCUAGAAAAGAAUCUGAAGGUGGAACAUCUGGUACUUCUGAAUUGGGUAAGGAAAUCCCUGAAGUUUCUAGAAACAGUUUAGAUAGCCGUCUUGAGAAAUCCAAAAAACCAGACAAACCAGAAAAAUCUCGUAUGAGCACAGACCAUGUUGAUAGGUUUAGGAGAAGAAAGGGUUUAGUUUGGUAGUCUCUUACAACUGUAUCCAGAAUAAUUUAUCUGCUAGUAUUCACUUGGCAGGUAAUCUAAUUUCACUCUUCAGGUAAUGAUGCCACUUCUAAAUGAAUAUAUUGAGUGAGUUUUCUGUUUC